AUGGCGGACGGCUUGGGUGUGCCCGUCCUGAAGACACAAGGUGCCAGCAUUCUGAUAACGCUCGUCAUUGGGAUCGGAACUUUACAUAUUGUCCGAAGCAUUUACCGUCGCCAUUUCCAUCCACUGUCCCAAUUCUCAGGCCCACCCGAAGCAGCUUUAUCCACGAAAUGGCUCUAUAAGACUAAUCAGGCAGGCUUCCCAGAGCAUGAAUUCGAAAGACUGCACGAGAAAUACCAAACCAAGGCCCUCCGCAUUGCCCCUAAUGAACUUCACCUUUCUGACGUCCACCAAUACAAAGUCAUCUACAGCCAAUCCAAGCCCUUCCUCAAGGACCCCCCUUUCUACAGCUCAUUCAACAUUGACCACUCGCUGUUUGCUGAAACAGAUCCGGCGCUGCAUAAAGAGAGACGCAAAAUGUUGAAUCCUCUUUUCUCCCGGGCGGGUAUAUUCAAACUUGAAGGUGUUAUCCACACCAAGGCGGGCAUCAUGAUGAAAAAGAUCGACAGACUGAGGGAGAAGCACUUGAUCAACGUUUACGACGCCUUUCGGUUGCGUCCUUUUUUGAAGUUAUCAAUGUGA